AUGAGAUCCGGAUACGGUCACGGAACAGUCGGUUUCCAUAUCGAGGGAAAAGACGUUUGGGAUGGAGUGUGGGAUAACUACUUCGAGCUCUACCUCCAGAUAAUUCACAACUGCAAUUCGUAUGAUCGUCCCUUCAACACCUACUACUACUAUAUGGGCAAUUUCCGGAUCACGGGAGGAGAGUACACCAGGACCUAUAACAUCAAUAUAACUAACGCUGGAUGGAAAAGUACAAAUGUCGCGAAAAUAAGACGUCUUGGAUACGCCGAGUUCAACAAUGAGUCCUCCGGAUUGGGUGUUCCAAUGAAAUAA